GGAGUCGGUCGCAUUUCGUGUCGCUAAUUCGUUUCGAACGCGUCGCUCGCAAACGUGCGUGGAGACGAGAGUGCAUCGCGAGAAAAUUUUGGUCUCGCGGUGUUUCGCGAAAAGUGCGUCUGUCCUUAGCUCAUCGAGCAAGCGGCAAAGAGAGCGUUCUGAGAAAAGCGCCCGCGUCGAGGCGAGUGUUUUUUUUGAUUGUUUUUUUUUCGCGUUACGUUGUUUCGCGUGAUAUCAAGAUACACACGGGAUUAAUCGAAAGUGACACAAUCGUGGCCUUUCCUGAGUCGCGAAUGGCUCUCAUUACGUACAGAACUGUCAAGAUUUGGGUGCGUGAUUUUGUGCGAGGAUCGAUUCUCACGCGUAUCGGGAAAAUUCGCGGGAACGUGGCGCUCGUAUCCAUGGCGACAAUCAACAAGUGUGGCGGAGUAACGGUUGCAGCCACGUGACACGCUGUCUGAGGUACAAUACAACGCGGGAUAGACAACCCUUCGAAUUCGAUCCUCGCGAUUUUCGAACUUGUGUGCGAAAAGUUUUGUGUCAUGUCUCGUUGUCAAAAUAAAACGGGCAACGUUCGUAACGCGCAUAAAACGGCGCGAAAACCCGACCCGACAGCAGUGAAAUUAAAGUGCGACCGACUUCAGUCUUUCGGUACAAAACUGAAUUGAUUUCGACGUUUGGUUCGAAUCGACACUUCGUUCGACGAGUGUAUUGUCGUGAAGAAAAAAACGACAAAGUCGAAGUAAUAUUUCGUGCACGUUAUUCGUGACUCGUCGCGCUUCGAGGAGGACGUUGCUCGGAAUUUCGCGGAAGUGAAGUUACUUGGAGUUUCGCGGAAAGUGAAGCGCCGGAAACGCGCAACCCGGUUACAAAGAGAGGAAGACGGCCGCGACCGCAGUGAUAUAAUCGCGAAAGAUCGUGAAAGAGAGACCAGCCGCGCUGGCUGGUGGUUUCUUGUGUUCGUCGUGUCGCGCCGACGUUUGUACAAGUGAAUUUCAACUCGCCGCUCUCUGAACACGUGGAUGCAUACCGCCGUUUCGCCGCCUUGAACGUCCGCUGGGAAUCCUCGGGUGUACGUGAAAAUGCAUAUGAGAGCAUCGAGGUGACUGUAAAAGCAUGGAGACCAUGCAAGAAGGUGGUGGUCGUUUGCAAAAUGGCUCGACCGUCGAGAAAACGCCGACUCGAUUGAAGCUCGUGGACAGCGAUGAAAAUGGCAAGAUGAUGCGCGAAAGGACAAUGGAUCCAUACAGAGAAUUCGAGCUGUAUCUUGCCAAGGUUAAGGAGGAAAUUGGUGAGAUCAUUGAAUCAGCUCCAACGACUUCGCUUCACAUCACGGAUGAACCAAAGUAUUCGGCUCAGCCUGAAAAAUCGUCCAAUUACGCGAAUGAAUCAUUCACUCCGAGAUCCUUGCCAGCCACCACGAGAUUGCAUAGUUUUGUAAGGAGACAAAAUUCGUUGACGAGAAGCGGCGAAGAUAUCGGCGAUUGGUCGAAUAGUAUCCUCGCGGAAUUUAAUAGCAUAAUUGCCAAGGAGAUCAGCGAACUGACCAAAGAGAAAAAGAAGAAGGAAGCCACGCGGCGUAGCGACGAUGACGUCAGAGUGAUACAGUACAAGGAGUUGCUGAACGAAUUCGGAUUAUCCGACAGCGAGAAUUCCGAUCGAACGUCCACCGAACAUGAGCCUCCUCAGGACGAGGAGAAUCUUCGAGAUCGCAGAAACGGCAGAUUGUUCGUCGACGACGAUUGUCGCUGCCUACUAAACUCCGAUUACGACGAGCCGCACGAUCGAGUGAUCCCGGAGAACAGAAAGAGCGACAGUCUGCCGGAGAAUCUACAAGACAUCAUCGGCAAGCGUGGUCGAUUUCAUACGACGGACACUCUGAGUUCCGACUACGACGAGCCCAGCAAUUGCCUGCCGAUGAAUUCGAUCAGGAGCCAGAUCGAUCGAAUCACCUCUAGUCUACCGUCGAAGCUGGAGCGCGGGUGUACUCCGAAGGACGCGCGAUUCAAUCCUUGCCAUGCACCAAAGACACCUGUAGGAUUAAGCUCGAGGACCAAUGAAAAUAUCAUAAAUAUCGGAAGCUCAUUGAAAAGCGCCGAGGAAGAGCUCGGAGAAGCCGGCGCGAAGUUGCCGCCACGACAACGAUCCGAGAGAAAGAUAAGUUUGCCUGUCAAUUUGAUGAGCCAAAAGCGUAGAAAGGCAACGCGAUUGCAGAGGCUCCGACAUGGCACGAACGAUCAAGAGACAAUGGAUCCCGAUUACGACGAUGUAUUUGUGAACGAGAAGAUUGGCGGCAGAUCUAAAUCCUUGGACAAUCGCGUGCCAAAGUCGGCGCCCGUGACGCCGACGGAGGAAAAGAAACCGCCGUUUUCCAAGUUAUUAAAAAAACGACACAUCUCGAUGUUUCACGAAAACUCAGACGAUGUUAUCCUGGUGAGCGUGUCCUCGCUGCCGGAUCAAGAUCUGUUGCGUCUAAGAAAUGACAGGCGUCACGAAUCGAAAAACGGCAAAAUGAAUUCGAAGGAAAUGUUAACCAAGAAGAGGGCUAUAUCGCCGCUAACUCUACGCUCUGAUAUUACUGCGAAGAGACUGUCGGAAUCGGACAGAGAUGUCAGACAAGUUAGCCCAGUAGACUUGAAGAAGUUCUCUCUGGUGCGACCAUGGGGCAACGACGUCGCAGUGAGUUGCGAUUUGCCCGUGAAUGACGACUUCGAGGAGAAUUGCGGGAUCGAGAAUGAAACCUUCGCUAAAUUGGAGCAAAUUGACGUAAAAAAGAUUAUAGAAGAGCAAAAAGCAGGAUCCCUGCCUAUUUCUCUGCAGUCCCUGUUGUCGAGGAUACGAAAUGGUUCGGGUUCUUGUUGCCCGAACAGUCCACCGAUGGUAGAUUCUCUCACUUGCUCCGACAUGGCGACUCAAACCUCGCCGGCGAUUUCGAGAAGUUCCAGCUUCACCUGGGUUAGCGAUUGCGACUCUCCCCAAGCCGAGUCUCAAUUAGAUUCGCAAUCAUUGCAAGAUGAAAGCACAUUAGACCCAGUUUCUCCCCAAGACACUGUGGAUGACGACAAUAGAUCCUCGUCAUCGUCGCAGGACCUCUUGCAGAGCAUGGACGAGAUUUCCUCCGGAAGUCUAUCGCCGGAUACUACUGACAGAGCAUCUCCGCUCGAAAGCGGAAUUGGAACAGCGAGUCCGCCUAGAAGCACGGAUCGGCGCUUGACUAAACCGUCAACACCGAACAAAUGCCAUCGCAAAGAGACGUGGGAGCGGAUCCGGCGACGACCGUCGAAAUUGAACUCGCGAAAUGACAAGAACUCGCAAGACGUGUGGGUGAAACGCGAAAGCGUGCACACGCAAACGAAACAGAACGACGAUCAGUACUCACAAGAUGCGGUGGACAGCAGUAGCGGUCUUGAUGAUUCCUUGCCAAGGAUCAAGACGCCCAGACCCACCAAUUUACCGCUAUGCUUGUCCAUUACCGCGAGCAGUUCUUUGAGCUCGGGCGAACUGCUCGAGACGCCACCCCGAGCACCGUCCUCGCCGUCUGCGGCGAGUCUUCAGCUGAAACCAGAACCUCUAGCCGUGGAAAUGGGCGGGAAAAGCAGCAGUGCGCCGUUGUUGGAAAAUAACGACGCCGGGAAGGCUAACGGGAAGGUGCCGAGUUUGCAGCAGCAGCCGCGCUCGCAGUCAGAACGGCAACUAUCAGAAAUCGAGGCGCAAGAGGCUUGCAAAUGGUUGAGAGCUGCCGGAUUUCCACAGUACGCACAAAUGUAUGAAGAUUAUCAGUUCCCGAUAGACGUUUCCGGCGUAGCCAAGGACCAUCCCUUCCUCGAGGCCGACUCGCUGCAGAGCCUCUUUCGGCGCCUGCACGCCCUUAAUCGUUGCGCCAAUAUGAAACUGGACACGCAUCAUCAUACGCACCACAGCACGAGCCAUAGCAAAAGCGGCGACGGUGGUGGUGACGAAUCUGAUGAGGACACGCAGUGCGCCCUGAGUGAGAACUGGACUUUCGAGAAGAAGACGAGACGUUGGUCCCGCAUAGUCGACGUCACGCAGGCGAACGUUGAGAGGCUGCAAACCAUUGCCGGGCAGAACGCCGCGUCCGAGGAGGAAUCUGUCGAGGAUCGUCUGGAGGCCGAGGAGGCGGAGGACACUAUGCUGGAGAAUCUACGAUACGGUAGCCUGCCACCGGGUACUCUCCCCGACGAGAUAGGUCCGCGAUUUCGCAGAACUGGCUCGGAGAGGCUGCGGGACGGGGCGAAGGCCUUCCUGAGACGCGUGGAGUCCCUCAAGUCGCGACGACGGAAGCGUCAGAAUCGCGAUGGGGUUGUAAUCAGCGGACCUCAGGUGCUCGACGUUAUGUCUAUGCAGCAGAAGAUGAAGGAACUGAACUGCGUAGACGUGUCGCCCACGGGACCGGCGCCGGUGGCCUUCAACGAUCUCCUGUCGCCUAAUCAGAUUCCCGGUUCACCGGUCACCUUGCCGGCCACUCCCUAUCACCUGCCACCGUCGCCUCUGACGAAUGCACCCAGUCCCUUCGGCGACGACUCGUCAAGCUACUGUUCGGACGGCUCGCAGGGUGGCGGACCGACGCCGACACCGAUCCGCACGAAGAUGAAUCGCGCUCGCCGAUUCCUACAUCGCGGCAGGGAGGAUCAGGGCGCGCUGAGCGACUCCGAAUGCCAGCCGACCAACUGGCGGCACCGAUACUUUCGCGAUGCUAACAGCAAUCACGCCAAGGUGUUGGAAUUUGUUAACACGCAUCCUCAGAGUUCCAAGGAUUCACCGGCGAAGAGUCCGGCGAUCAAUACCCGUGGCGGCAGUCUGAAUCUCGGCAAGGAGUCGCAGAGGUAUCGCGAGAAGCUUGUUCAAGGCAAAGAGGCAGCGUCCUUGAAGCGGGAUGAAAAGAUGCACAAAAGCUUCCGACAUCGCGACGAAUACAAAGACAGCAAGCAACUGUCCAAAGAAGUGACGAUUUAUCGGGAAAAAUCCAGGUCCAGGAGCUCGGAACUGGCCGGCAGUCAAGAGAGCGGUUCUACCAUGGCUAGCAGAGAUUCGGAUCAAGAAGAGGAAUCGCCCAGACACAAGGGCACCGUCGUCAGGUGGCACAGCUUCCAAAGAGGAUCGCUGUAUCCUGAACCCUUGGAUCCCUUGUGUCCCAGAGCGAUGGCUUCCAUGUCCUGCGGACAGCUUUUAGUUUUGAGAAAAUUGGCAUUGUUGAAGCUCACAGCAUGCAUGGAACGGUAUUGUCCGACGCACCGCACUGGCUGGAACUGGGAGCUCCCGAAGUUUAUUAGAAAAAUCAAGACGCCCGAUUACAAAGACAAGACCGUCUUCGGAGUGCCGCUCUUGUUGUCUCUUCAAAGAACUGGUCAAGCUUUACCUAAAUGUAUCCAGAUCGCUCUAAGGUGGUUGAGAGCCAAUGCAUUGGAUCAGGUGGGCAUUUUCAGAAAGAGCGGUGUCAAGUCGAGGAUACAGAAGCUCAAGAUCAUGACGGAAACCCAGGGAGACAACAUCAAUUUCGAUGGGCAUCAGGCGUAUGACGUUGCCGAUCUUGUCAAACAAUAUUUCAGAGAGUUGCCAGAGGCUCUAUUGACGAACAAGCUCUCGGAAACAUUUAUUGCCAUCUUUCAACAUGUACCGAUAGAGUUGCGACCGGAUGCUGUACAGUGUGUUCUGUUACUACUCCCAGAUGAGCACCGCGAGGCACUGGAGACUCUGCUCGACUUCCUCAACCAUGUCGCUAGCAACUCGCCCUACAACCAGAUGACAGCUUCGAAUCUAGCAGUAUGUCUAGCGCCGAGCUUAUUCCAUUUCAACCACAACAACACGAAUGUGACCAACAGGUCAAACAGCGUGUCGCCACGUAGGCGGAAGACCGUGGGUAUCCCCGAUCAGCGAGAACUGUCGGAAAACAAAGCUGCUCACGACUGUCUUCUGUAUCUGGUCAAGAUGAAUCGUGAAUUAUUCAUGGUCUCGUCGGACAUGUUGACGCAGUGUCAUUUUAAUUACAUGGAGGAGAGCAUUCCGGUCGCGCUGGAGGAACUCGGCUCAGAACUGAAGCAAGAUUGGAGAGGUUACUUAUAUGCUUGCACUACGGCCUUAUUGAAGGAAGCGCGAGAAAACAGAAGUCGCGGCUGGGUCACGGUAAACAAUCCCGCUGAUAACACUGUAGAAAUGGCAUAUAAGAAGGUGGGUGACGGACACCCGCUUCGUCUCUGGCGAGUAUCAACGGAAGUCGAAGCUCCGCCAAAUGAACUUUUACAUCGUGUGCUACGAGAGAGACACAUCUGGGAUCCGCAACUUUUAAAGUACAGACUAGUAAACAAAUUGGAUACCAAUGUGGAGGUCUUCCAAUAUGCCACCGGAAACAUGAGUCCGUUGCCUGCCAGAGAUUAUUGCGUAUUAAGAUCCUGGCGGAAUGACCUUCCCAAAGGUGCUUGCGUUAUUGUCGAAACAUCCGUAGAACACCCAGAUGCUCCUGUCAUGCUCGGCGGGACUCGCGGCAUCGUUUUGGCCUCUCGUUAUCUUAUCGAGCCAUGUGGCAGCGGUAAAUCCCGCAUUAUGCAUUUAUCCAGAGUCGAUACAAAAGGUCGCACGCCUGAAUGGUACAAUAAGAGCUACGGACACAUCGCCGCUCUUCAUUUGAGUAAAAUCCGCAAUUCUUUUAAGCACACUACUGAUGGGCCCGAAAGCAAAGUUUGAGAGCAGGAUACCGUGCAACAUCAGUCGUUGCACGGUUCCACCUCCUCUUCUUCCUCCUCUCCAUCUUCCAUGUUUCUCCAAGUUCCCGAUGAACAACAAUACGAUCAUAGAAUAUUAAAGGAGGUACGACAGAGCCAGCCUACGAUUGACGAAGAAUAAUCUCGAUCAAUCGAGCAAUUAGUAACCAAAACCCACCGAUGUCGUAAGUUAGCUUCAUUCAACAAUCGGUUUUAGAUUCGAUAUAAGUAACUCGAUGUUAUCGUAGUAGUAGGAGAAUCCUCCGUAUGACGUUUAAUGUCCAAAGAUCUUACCGUCCGCUUGUCGUGAAAAUUGUAAGAAACAGGAUAUAAAAAAAGAUAAUUGAGUUAUCUCAUUCAACGGUAUUAAUAACAAAAAUGGCUCAUUUCAAUAAAUCAAUCAUUUCGAAAUUUAAAAGACGACUCAUUAUUUUUGCAAUUCUAAUAUUGUCGUUGUUCUAAAGUUCAUAAAUUUUAUCGAUUUUUGGAUCGUGAUCGAGCAUAAUCUCUGAAAUUGCAUUUUGCUACGUUUCAUUGAUCUGAUCGCAUUUAAUAUUAAGAGAUCGAGAUGGCCGAUAAACGUUUCUGGUUGUGAGAUAAAAGAGGAACGUCAUUCGGUGUUUUCAACGACUAUGUUACGACAUAUAUGUUUGGUGUGAGAGUAGCAAUUCCAUGGGUUUAUUCUGUGCUACAACAACUUUAUAUCUGUGAUAAAAAUAAGAUAAAAGCAUGCCCGCGCGAAAAAUAUAUACGACCAACAUAAAAAUAAUAACAUUAAUAAAAUUAAUCAAAUUUUCUCAUAAUAACUUAUCUGAUUAAAGUUCCUGAUUGAUAUGAAAAUUUACCAUUUCGAGGGUUAUUAGAGCAACAGAUUUUAAUUAGCCAAUUUUUUUUAUUUUAUCUUUUUCAAGUGCAGCGAGAUUUUAUCAUUCUAUAGAGAUUAAAUGACAAAUAUAUUUUUUUUAUAACUAAUGACAUUUUAAAAUAAAUAAUUUCAAAACAUUUUGUGGCAAUAAAAUAUCGCUGCAUCUCACUCUAAACUGCAGAAUGCAUUCAUCAGUUGCAACGACUGCGAUUAAUUGUAAGCGAAAUCGCAUCUAAAGUUAAUGACGCGCGCCAACAAUGCAUGCCCAUCUCUAAUCAAGAUGUUGACCGAUAAAUGUUCCUGUCAGGCGCCUAAAUCAGGGACGAAGCCUAGAUAAGGUACUGUUUUAAAAUACAAGUUUCAUUUCAUAUGUCUCAUAUGUUCAACACAAGAUAUAUUUUAUAUGUUUCUCUUUUGGACCAAAUGCCAAUUUUUUCUAUUGUAGCGUAUCACGUUAAGGUAAUUGACAUAUUUGUUGGCAGGAAAAUUUUCCCAGGCAGGAAAUUUUCCUCUCCCGUAAGUGUUGCCGCACGUAGACGGACGAGUAUGUAAAUGUCGCGUAAACAUGUACACGUGUGUCUAUUUAUAGACGUGCUUUUAUAAGCACGUGUUUGUUACAUGUAAAAGAGAGAACCACGUCAUCUCACAGUCCGAGUUGCACGAGGUGCUGCUUCACUGUUUAAAUCAGUGACGGAAGAAAGAAACAAUGAUGAUAUUUAUUUUAUAAUUAAGCGAAAAUAACUCGUGGCCGUAAUAUUUUUCGAAAAAAUUGCACUCUGAGAUUAUUCUCUUUUUCCUUAUAUCUGUAAUACCAAAUGAUAUUAUCUCGACUUUUAAUAUUUUUAAUUACUAAGAUAUUCAGAGCUUUUCUUAUAUUUUGAUGAAAUAUUUUAAUAAUACCUUACACGUGCAGUGCAUUUAUAUAAAUAAAGCAGUUCUUUUUUGCAGCUCUGCUCAUUAUCAUAGAAUCGUAGAUUUUGCCGAGAUCGUGAUCGCCGCGGCCGUUCGAGCAAUGCGAAAAGAUUUUGAGUAAAAUGUAGAUUUUCAAAUCUUGUUGUUUCAUCAUACGGGUGACGGACAAGUUCACUCGGUAUGAGAAAUUAUCAUUGUUACUCGUGUCAAUGUUAAGAGUUAAGAUUAAAAAAGAAAGACAUCUGUUUUCACUGUGUCUCUUUGGAAUCGUCGCGAGUCGAUUAAUUUAGGAUGUGCGUUUAAGAUGUUUAAUCGUUCGGCAUGUUCAUAUGCAACAAUUACCAUAGGGACCAUCUCAUGCACGUAAUAAAUAAUUUGACGAAAUGUCAUCCGCGCGAAACUGAUGAAUGUUAAGGAAGAGAUGUUAAAUAUAUAACAAUUCAACCACGUAAUCAAUCGCAAUAUUCAUUCAAAAUAUACCAAAAUGAAAUAGAUUUACCAUCUCUUCUUUUCCAAAUUAACAUGAUUAUAACGUUUAUCUUCCGUUUAAGAAUUCACUUUCGUCGAAUAAUUUGUUACGUUCAUGGACCAUCUUUGCUCGGACCCCAGACAGGAAAUGACCUGCGCAUGAUGCACCUCAUCGAAUCGAAUUUUAAGUGUAUUUUAACGUAAUACUAGUCACUUACAUGAUAGCCGAGAGUUACGAAUUACAAUAUAAAGGUACCAUAAAAUUUUAUUGCGCAGCGUGUGUUGCGCGCACCGCGCGAGAAUAUAUUUAAAAAUAUAGUUAAUAUUGUGCUAUAUAUUAUACAUAUAUAUACAUUAUAUAUUGAUGUUAAGUAAUCAUACGUAAAUAUAUCAUAUUUUUGUGUCCAAAAACCGCCAGUAGAAACGUGACGGUCGAAUAAAGAUGCCGUUGGCGUUUUCUUAAUAUUUGUAACUAUAUGUAUAUAUAUAUAUAUAU